AUGCUGGCAAUAAAAUUACGGCAAUUGCAACUGGCCCAUUCAGAGCAUAGGCAACAACAAUAUUUGUCUAUUGAUUGUCCCGGCCAAAUUGGAUGUCACGUGCCCCAUAAAGGAAGUCACCUCGACCACAGCUGUUGGCAUUUUGCAACAAAUUAUUUAAAAAGUUAUUGUCGUAUUGAGCGUCAGCGUGUUAAUAACCAUAAAACUUUAUUGUGGCUGACACUCGCUUUGAUUCUAUUGACCGAAUUCAGCGGACUGGCAACAGCUGUCGGAAGCCCAGGGAGCCCAGCUGGAAGCCUGGCAGCUAUGGAAAUUGGCACCUGCAAACAGGCCUUGGGCAUGGAAUCUGGCGCCAUUGCGGACUUUCAGAUUACCGCCAGUUCAGCCCAUGAUAUGGGCAAUGUGGGACCACAGCAUGCCAGACUCAAGGUGGACAACAAUGGAGGUGCCUGGUGUCCAAAGCACAUGGUCUCGCGGGGACUCAAGGAAUAUCUGCAAAUUGAUCUGCUGCAGGUGCAUUUGGUCAGCGCCAUACGCACACAGGGUCGGUUUGGUAAAGGUCAGGGGCAGGAGUAUACGGAGGCCUAUGUGCUGGAGUAUUGGAGGCCGGGAUUUGAGAAAUGGCUGCGCUGGAAGAGUAUACAGGGCAAAGAGAUACUUCCCGGCAAUAUAAACACCUACAGCGAGGUGGAGAACGUUUUGCAGCCCAGCAUCUUUGCGUCCAAGGUGCGCAUCUAUCCCUACAGUCAAUACGAUCGCACAGUCUGUCUGCGCGCCGAGAUCGUUGGCUGCGCCUGGGAAGAGGGCAUUGUCGCCUACAGCAUUCCGAAAGGUGUGCAGCGUGGCAUGGAAAUCGAUCUAUCCGAUAAGACCUAUGAUGGCCAAGAGGAAGCCGAUCGCUUUGUAAAUGGACUUGGCCAAUUGGUGGAUGGCCAACGCGGCAAGGAUAACUUUCGCAUGGACAUCAAUGGCUUUGGUAAAGGUUACGAAUGGAUUGGCUGGCGUAAUGAUACUCUUUUCGGUCGGCCUGUGGAAAUAACGUUUGAAUUUGAAACUGUACGAAAUUUCAGUGCAGUUAUAAUACACACGAACAACAUGUUCUCCAAGGAUGUACAGGUGUUUGUGCACGCCAAAGUUUUCUUCAGCAUUGGCGGACGACAGUUCAACGGGGAGCCAGUUCAGUUCUCCUAUAUGCCUGACCAGGUGCUGGAUCAUGCACGCGACGUGACAAUCAAAUUACAUCAUCGCCUGGGGCGUUAUCUGCAGUUGCAUUUAUAUUUCGCCGCCCGCUGGAUGAUGCUCAGCGAGAUUACAUUUAUAUCAGUUCCUGUCGUGGGCAAUUUUACAGAUGAGGAGCUGCUCAAUGUGCCGCCUUCAAAUGGCGCCUCAGUUCCAAACACAUCGGAAUAUCCCUUGCAACGAGACGAAGUGGGCAGAGCUGCCAGCAGCGGCGGGGAGAGGAGUCAACAUACCAAGCAAGUUAUCUCGCCGAAACCCAUUGACCAUCAGGAAGCGGAAGCGAAUUUCGUUGGUGCCAUAAUCACAACGCUGGCAACGAUUAUCAUGCUUCUUGUUGCCAUUAUCCUUGUAAUAAUAGCACGCAAUAAGCGCGGGCGCGGACGUGGCAAUGUUUUGGAUGCAUUUCAGCACAAUUUCAAUCCGGACACCCUCGGCGGCGUUGAUAAGCGACUCAAUGGCAACGGCACUGCCAAUGGGAUCUUGAAGGUGGUUACAACAAUGGAUGACAAUGAGUCGUCCAUUGACAAGAACAGUCUCUACCAUGAGCCCUUCAAUGUGAACAUGUACACGAGCGCGGCCAGUGCCUGCUCCAUGAAUGACCUGCAGCGUCAGCAUGUAACUCCGGACUACACAGAUGUGCCGGACAUUGUUUGCCAGGACUAUGCGGUGCCUCACAUGCAGCAGCUGCUUCCGAAUGCCGCUGGCAGUGCCACCGCCCGCAGUUCACUGAAUGCAUCCAUCGUUGGAGUUGGAGUUGGCGUUCCAGUUCCAGUUGCAGUUGUUGUGGCGGCUACAACGGGGGCACCACCGCCACCACCAGUGCCACCGCCACCAGAGAAAUAUUACGCAGCAACACCAAUUUGCAGCAAACCCGUGUUGGGGCCGCCGGGCUCACAGAGCAGCGGAUCGUUGAGUUUAAGCUCCUCGAACACGGCAGCGACCACGCCCACGCCGACGGGCGGCAAACCGCAUCAUUACAAUUUGGAUAUGAGCGCUAAUUUCGCCGACAUCAACGAGGAGCAGGCCAAUUGCCAAGUGCAGGAGUUUCCGCGUCAGUCCCUGGUCAUCGUCGAGAAGUUGGGCUCCGGCGUGUUUGGUGAACUGCAUUUGUGCGAAACAAAUGUGCUGAACGCCACUCUCGUUGCCGUGGCCACUCUACGACCUGGCGCCAGUGAUCAUCUGAGAAAGGAAUUUCGUAGCAAGGCCAAGCAACUGGCGCGUCUCAAUGAUCCGAAUGUUGCACGUUUGGUGGGCGCCUGUCUGCGUGACGAGCCCAUCUGCAUUGUGCAGGACUAUUCGAAUUGUCUUGGCGACUUGAAUCAAUUUCUGCAGGAGCAUGUGGCUGAAACCACUGGACUGAUGGCCAACAAGAGUCUCAGCUAUGGCUGCUUAGUCUACAUUGCCACACAAAUUGCAUCGGGCAUGAAGCAUUUGGAGCAAAUGAAUUUCGUACAUCGGGAUCUGGCAACAAGAAGCUGCAUCAUUGGACCCGAGCUGAGCGUCAAGGUCUGUUCCAUUGGCACUGUGAUAAAUCGUUCGGCCUAUGCGUCGGAUUAUUGCCAGCUGGAGGGCACUACGGGCCGACAAACACAGCCAAUGCCCAUACGUUGGAUGGCCUGGGAAAGUGUUUUGCUUGCAAAGUUCAGUACGAAAUCGGAUGUUUGGUCUUUUGCCGUUGCCCUCUGGGAGAUUUUGACAUUUGCCCGGGAGCAGCCCUACGAGCACUUGACAGAUGCGAAUGUUAUUGAAAAUAUUGGACAUAUCUAUCAAGAUGAUAAAAUGCAUGAACUUCUGCCAAUGCCACUCAACUGUCCACGGGAGAUUUACGAUCUGAUGUGCGAGUGCUGGCAACGCAACGAGUCCAGUCGACCCAAUUUCCGGGAGAUCCAUUUGUUUUUACAGCGCAAGAAUUUGGGUUUUAAGCCCAGCACCCAAACGUUAAUGUAUUAAAAGUCAAAUUAAAUUUUAAAAUCAAAUGUCAAAGCUUAAAAGAUUAAGAAUGAAAGACAACGUAAAGGCAAACAGAAUCUACACGCGAUUUUAGCACAUAUUUAAAAUAAGUAUGUAUCGAAUAUUAUAUGGCAAACUAUAAAUGACAAGCACAAUGCGAAUUUUAUGCAUUUUUAAAUAAUGCAUUUCAAAUUAAAUGAUUUAUUCACCAACGGCGGCUAGUCGCAGUUUUAAUGCCCUAGCCAAUAGAUAGUCAAAGGAUCAAUAUUGGAUGAA